AGAAAGCUGACUUUGAUGUCAUUGGGCCUCAUGCCCCUAUUCUGGCCAUGGCUGGGGGACAUGUAGAGUUACAGUAUCAACUGUUCCCCAAUAUCAGUGCCGAGGACAUGGAGCUGAGGUGGUACAGGUGCCAGGCCUCCCUGGCUGUGCACGUGCAUGAGAGAGGGAUGGACAUGGAUAGAGAGCAAAAGUCAUAGUACAGAGGAAGGACAACCUUCGUGAGUGACCACGUGGCCGGGGGCAAGGCCAUGGUGAGGAUUCACAGGGACAACGAGACAUACUGCUGCCACUUCAAGGAUGGUGUAAAGUUCGGCAAGGCCAUUGUGCAGGUGCAGGUGGCAGGGCUGGGCACGGAGCCCAGAAUCCAGGUGAUGGAACAGCAGGAUGGAGUCAAGGCAGAGUGCACAUUAGCAGGCUGGUUCCCCAAGCCCUGGGUGGAAUGGCGAGACUUCAGAGGCCAGGCUAGGCCUGCUGUGACCAAUCUCUCAGCCUCGGCCACCACAGGUCUCUGGGCUGUGACGUCCAGCUUGAUGCUCUGGGACAGGGCUGUGGAGGGUCUCUCUUGCUCCAUCUCCAGCCCUCUCCUCCCUGAGAGGAGGAAGGUGGCCGAAAGUCACCUGCCCGCUACCUUCUCCAGAAGCUCCGAGUUCGUGGCAUGGAAAGCGGCUCUGCCUCUGUUCCUUGUUGCAGUGGGACUCGUAAUAGCUGGAGGCAUCCGCAUCUUCUGGAAAUGUCAAAGGGAAAAGAACAAAGCAUCGCUGGAAGAAGAGAGGGCGCGAAGAGAAAAGGAGCAGAGGCGACCCACCAGCAGCAACGAGGUUGAGCCAUGAGAGGUGAGCAGGGAGCCCUGACAAGGCACAUCCUGCCCACCCCCCAGACCCAGGACCUUAACACGAAGCCCUGAGCCGAGGCUUCAUCCAUGUGUCCUCAAACACAGUAGGAAUGGGAUGGCCGAUGAGGAUCCUCACUCUGGAAUUGCCUGAUUAUGAUCUAGCCAGUGAGACCAUCUGUCUCCUAGCAAUCCCUUGGUUAGUCUUCACUGGCUGAUUUUGGGCAGGCUGGUUGGACUCUCUCUUGAAAACGGACAGAUCUGAGCUUGAACCCCAAGUCUGAUGGGUGUGGGCUGAGGGACCUGGUGUGAGCCCUGAGCCACUCUGUCUGCUGGGAGUGCUGAUACCAUCCUGAAAGCGUGCUGCAGUGACCAACAAAGUAGCAUUUAGAGCAGGGGCCGCAUAGGGGAGGGUUUGCAGUUGCAAUCAUUGUGAUUAUUCUCAAUAUUGACUGUGUCCAUCAUUCAUUCACUUCACUCACUUCCUCCUCUGUCAUUUCAGGAGUUGAGGACUUGUCCCUAGACUUCAGAGCCCUAUUUGCAGCUGGUUGUAAAGACUGCAUUAUGAUAGAGUCGUUUGUGGUGGCUUGCAGCUGUCGUCUAGCAUUUUGGGAGGCUGAGGUGGGAAAAUUGCUUGAGGCCACGAGUUUGAGGACAGCCUGGGCAAUAUAGCAAGACCCCAUCUCUACAAAAAAAGAAAAAAGAAAUUAG